AUGACCGAGCACCACACCAUCGCCUACUCGCUGGACACGACACAGCGCGUCCUGCAAUGCCCCCAUAUCAUAGACUCGAUCAUGGAGUACGCGGCACCCCAAGCUCGCGCCGUCUGCCUCCGUGUGUCUCGGCGUUUCCACAUUCCAGCUGCGCGGGCGCUCUAUCACACUGUCUGCCUCAGCCAGUCGAACAUGGAGGCCUUCUUCCGCGGGGCGUUGGUGGGCAACGGAGGCGAAGAUGCGCUCUCAGAGUGCGGUCUCGCAAAGGAGCGCGGCGAAUGCACGAUGCACGUCCCCGAACAUCUCAAGAAGUUUGCCGUCUGGAACAGUACAGCAGACACCAUGCCUGUUGGAGACUCGUCCACAGUUAACAUGAAGGCCCCCCUCCUGAAGUUCGUCCGGGUGCUUACCAUUACCCGACAUCACUCAUGCGUAUGCUACGCCUACGGCCCGCACGCCAAGUCCCUGUUGCCCAACCUCGACAUCGUGCGCGUCGCACCUGAACCGCGCGGCUCUCAUUCCUUCGGGGUACAGUGCCCAUGCGAUUCUGGCCAUUGCGCACUUCUCGGAGGCAUACGCACACGCAAACUGGUGCUGCGCAACCUCGAUGCCGGAGGUGUCGCACUCCUUGACGGGGUGCGCGAAGGACAGGCGCCUGUACCGCACGUGAACCACGAGCUGGUGUUCUUCCUCCCGACAGACGGUCGCCGGAUUGAUACUGAUCUCUCCGAGGAGCUAGAGGGGUUUGGGCACAGCAUCUACGGCGCAGACUUGCAGUCGAUCGGCCAGAUGUUUCGUCGGCCACCGGACUCUCCCAUUGUGAAAAUCGUGUUCAACCCGACGUGGGAGGGAGAGGGCACAUACUCUCCUCCUGCUGCCACGGAAGACCCCGACUCCCAAAAUGAGAUCGAGGGCACUCACGACGGUUCGGACGGCGAGGAGAGUUCCAACAGCGAUGACGACCGGCCUGGCCAUCCUUUCCCCGUCUGCUCUGAUCGACUCAUCUACACUUUGUCGACUAUCAUAUCCUCUCGCAGCCGCAACUACGUUAUUUAUGGGCUGGAGAAGCUCCGCUUUCUCCCAGACGGCGAGCUGUUGACCGUCUUCGAAAUCCUCUUCCCUGACACAGAGCUCACGCAGCGCGAGAUCCUCAAGGCCGUUCGCCACGAGCUGCGGCACUCCAGCCUUAUCAAGGGCUCGUCUAUGAGCCCACGUGAGCUUGAGGAGCUCGAAUACGACAACAAAACACCCUACGAUGUCACAUACAAGACCCUGGAGGAGUAUCUAGAGGACGAGGGAUCGCGCCGACGAGAGCUCGCUGCCGACGGUUAG